UUACUCAAUAAUUUAUAUGGCACACCAACCUAUACAAAUUUAUGUGGUGUGUGUUGUUGUUCAUUCAAUAGACAAUUGACUUUGAUUUUAAGGCUAGCCAGUUGCCAACGAUUCUAAAGGCAGUUAUUUUCAAGUCUAUAAUUUGUCAUUUUUGACUUGAUGUAUGAAGUGUUCAUCAAGACCACUCCUUUCUAUGUGGUGAUAAACUAAAUGAAAUUUAGGGCCACUGUUUGAUAAUAACUCUCAUAGUUCUGUUUCUACAAGAAGUCAUGGAGUCCCCUCUCUCAUUUUUAACAACUGUAACAUCCAUUUUUGUUGUUUUGGCAAUAGAUUUGAUCUUGAGGCAAAAGCGGUUAAAUAUAGUGAAGAACCAAGCAGCACCUCAAGCAAAGGGUUCAUGGCCUAUAAUUGGACACCUGCACCUUCUAGGCGGAUCUCGACCACCUCAACAGGUUUUAGGAGACAUGGCUGACAAAUAUGGCCCUAUCUUUACCAUCAAGCUUGGUAUUCACCAAGUUUUGGUUGUGAGUAGUGGGGAGGUAGCUAAAGAGUGCUUUACCACACACGACAAGGUGUUUGCAAGUCGACCGAAAGCAAAGGCAUCAGAGAUCAUGGCCUAUAACUACGCCAUGUUUGGCCUGGCUCCGUAUGGCGAUUACUGGCGACAAGUUCGCAAGAUCGUUAUGCUUGAGGUACUCUCUCAACGACGAGUCGAGAUGCUUGGACUUGUUCGAUUUUUAGAAGUUAGAGCAUCCACCAAGGAUCUAUAUGAGGCGUGGCUAAUGAAAAAAGAGAGUGAAGGUUCGGAUAUGGUACAGGUGGAUAUGAAACAAUGGUUUGGUAACUUGGUAUUUAAUAUUCUAGUUAGAAUUAUUUCAGGGAAGAGGUAUCAGCUAAACGACGAAGAAGGAGUUCGAUUCCAAAAAGUGGCAAGAAAACUCUUUGAGUUAUUGGGUGCAUUUGUGGUGUCGGAUUACAUUCCCUUUACGAAUCGUUUCGACAUUGGAGGAUAUGAGAAAGAAAUGAAGAUGACAGGUAAAGAAAUGGACAACAUUAUUGAAGGAUGGUUAAAGAAUCGAAAGAGAGAGAAAGAGUCUGGGCAGCAACAAGAAGGCGACCAAUUCUUCAUGGAUGUGCUGAUUUCUAUUCUCCAAGAUGCAUCUAAGGAGGAUUUCCCAGGUUAUGACCAUGACACAGUCAUCAAAGCUACAUGUCUGGCAAUGAUAACUGCUGGCUCGGACACAACAUCUGUGACUUUGACAUGGGCUUUAUCUUUGCUACUUGCAAUCCCAAACCCAAACACAUUAAAAACUGCCCAAGAUGAAAUUGAUGAACAUGUUGGAAGAGACAGACCGGUGGAGGAGUCCGACAUAAAGAACUUGGCUUAUCUCGAUGCCAUCAUCAAAGAAACAUUGCGUUUAUACCCGGCUGCACCUCUCUCCGUUCCCCAUGAGUCUAUGGAGGAUUGCGUUGUGAGUGGCUAUGACAUCCCAAAAGGCACACGUUUGUUGGUAAAUCUUUGGAAAAUCCACCGUGAUCCAAACAUAUGGUCAGAUCCUUGUGAAUUUAAGCCUGAAAGAUUCUUGACAAAUCAAAAGGAUAUUGAUCUCAAAGGAAACCAUUUUGAACUGCUUCCGUUUGGUACUGGUAGAAGAAUGUGCCCUGGUGUUUACUUUGCCUUACAGGUUUUGCCUUUAGCAUUAGCGAAUGUGAUUCAACAGUUUGUGAUAAACAGAACAUCAAAUGAACCGAUUGAUAUGAGUGAAAGCUCGGGACUUACUACUAGCAAAGCCACGCCACUAGAGGUCCUUCUUGCCCCUCGACUAUCGCAUCAAAUGUAUCAUGUUGGCUCGUGACUGAUAUAUAUCAGCCAUCAAAUCAAAUCAUUUACAACCCCCCCCCCCCCCCCCCCACACACACACACACACAUUGCGAAAUAAAGAUAAAUUAAUUAGCUUGAGUUUCUGUUAAGGUAAUCCUCAAAUCGCAUAUCCAAUGGUAACCUGAUUAUCAGCAUGUUCUACUGGUCUGUGAUGUGGUUGAAAAUUAAGGUUUGGUGGUAGCUAGCACUACAAGAAUUUAUGGCAUUAGGGGCGACAGCAUUAGUGGGGACAUGCUAAAUGUCGUCGCUAAUGCUCAUGAUCCGCAUGCCAUCCAUCUGAGUUAAUUCUGGCCGUUGAUAAACUGAUUAAUCCAAGGGCUCACAAUUAUUCAUCCCCAAUUUCAUUUCCCUCCAAACAAGAUCUUCCUUUAUCCCUAAUUAAUCAUUUCCCCCCAAACAAAACCCUUUCAUUGUCCCCAAUUUCUCUCCCACCUGCAACCAUACGACGCCCCGCAUCUCCGACCACCAUCCGGCCACCUCUGCAUCUCCAACCAUCAUCAAUGUCCGACCCCACCUCCCAACCACCUCUGCGACGUCCGACACCACUCUAACCACCAGCGACCCACCACAGACCAUCACUGUUUGUUUGUAAUUUGACCUACUCUGGGGACUCUAAAAGUUGUAAUGCUUAAUUCUCAAAUCAUAUACGAGCCAUAUGGUCCCAGUGAGCCCAUCUCCUUUUUAUGAAGGUGGUUUACAAAUAGUGGACGGAGAAGAACAAAAGAUGAUAUCUUUCUAGAGGUUGCACCUUGCUCCUUAUUACCAAAUUCAUGGAAGCUUACAUGCUGCAUUUUCUACACAUGAGUAGUACUCAUAGUUAUUUUGAUCUGUUCGAUGAUCCCUACUUCCUUGCAGCUAAGUUUAUCAUUAUGUUUGUAGAAAGUAUAAUACAAUGAUAUUUUGACUUGACGCUUCUCUUUGGAUUUACAUGCAGCUAAAGAAUCCUAUGCUAUUGCCCAAUUGCGAAAAUCUGGUUACUAAAAAAAAAAUUCUACAUGGAGGCUGUAAACUUAUAUAAAGUGGUACACAUCUUAUUAGAGGCGUCUAUUAUUUUGUCGAAAGAAUAACUUAUUAUUGAUGAUUAGCAUAGUCUGUUGGUUAUUAUUAUUUGGGCUUUUAUGGUCAUUCACAAUAGCGAUGACACACCCUUUUUAGCGACGACAGGCGACCAAUAGCGGCCGAGCUAUAGCGACGACAUGUCGCCGCUAAAAGUCAAUAGCGGCGACAAAAAGGACUUUUAGCGGCGACACGUGUCGUCGCUAAAAGUACAUGUUUCUUGUAGUGAACGUAAGCAAUUUACUCACUGAAAUUUCUUUUCUUUUAUCUAAGCAAAAUAUCAUUAUUAGUUUUU